AUGGUCAUGGUGAGUUGGCUGGAAGUGGUGGCUGGAGCCGUGCAGGCUGUGCUGCGUGAGAAGGAGUGGCGCCGUGCGUUUCUCACCACCGGCAUCAUGGAGAAGCAAGUGCUCAAGGCCGAAUUGGAAGAGUUGCGGCAGCAGCGGGCCCACUUGCGACAGCAAAUCAAGGUGAACCGUGCGCAAACCAAGGACGCCAACCGACGAAAGAAGAAGUUGUUGAAAGCUGCGCGGCAGCUGAAUGUGGAGGACCUGAAGAGCUUGGUUGCGCUAAAAGCAGCGGACUGA